CUUUGGACUCCUGCUAAGUGUUGCUAGAAUCACAAUGCUGGAAAUAUGUUCUUGAGUGAUUCAUGUUAGACACACGUAAAGGGAAUUUACCGGUUAACGACAGAAUGAGAGUUCUGAUCGGAGGAGGAUCAGGGUUUGUGGGGCGGGAACUCACCCGUUUGCUGAAGAGCAAAGGUCAUGAAGUCACCAUCAUCUCCAGACAGCCUGGUCCUGGCAGAAUCACUUGGGCUGAUGUUGAAUCCAGUGGUCUCCCACCGUGUGAGGGGGCUGUAAACCUGGCUGGGGAAAACAUCAUGAACCCAUUGAGAUGGUGGAAUGACAGCUAUAAGAGGGAUUUGUUCUCCAGCAGAGUGGACACUACAAGAACUUUGGCUCAGGCAAUUAGCACUUCCUCAUUGCCUCCACAUUCAUGGGUACUGAUCACAGGAGUAGCCUGUUACAAACCCAGUCUCCAGAACCAGUAUACAGAAGAAAGUGAGUGGACAUCUUUUGACCUGCUGUCCCGACUCGUAGAGGAGUGGGAAGAGGCUGGACGUCUCCCUCAGAGUGUUGCUCAGAAAACCAGACAAGUGGUCAUCAGACCAGGUGCUGUAUUGGGCCGGGAUGGCGGAGCUAUGAAGCAGAUGCUGACCCCUUUCUGGCUGGGUCUUGGUGGUCCUCUGGGCUCUGGUCGUCAACCUUUUCCUUGGAUCCAUGUUUCAGACCUGGCUGGACUAAUCCUCCACGCUUUGGAGCCCUCAACAAACACCACACCCCCCUCCACACAACCAGAGGUGUUUAAUGGGGUAGCCCCAGCACUCAACACCAACUACGAGUUCACAAAGGAGCUGGGCCGGAUCCUGUGGAGGCCCACCCUGUUCCCUGUCCCAGGGUUCCUCAUGGAUGCCCUACUAGGCUCUGAAAGGGCAGUCAUUCUCACACAGGGUCAGAAGGUCAUUCCCAAGAGGACUCUGGAGUCUGGAUUUCAGUUUCAGUACCCAGACUUAGUCUCAGCCUUGCGGAAGAUCGUCAAAGGCUAGAAAAUCAAACGUACCUGGAUUAUUAGGUACUAUGUUAUGAAGAUCAUCAUUGCAGAGACUGCAGACGAUAUAUCAGAAGACAAUCGGUUUAUAUAAGCAAGCAAAAUUUUAAUUUAUAAUCACCAGAAAUUAAAUUUAUUACAUUAGUAAAUACAUAGCGCACACAUGGUCUGAUGUACGGUACUGUGCAAAAGUCAGAGCACCCUUUAUUUCUUUCAUUUCCAGUCAAAAGAUUUCUAAAGUGAUUAUAUAUAAGAAAAACUCAUUUUCUGAAAAUAGAAAACAAACCAGAACAGAAAACAGGGAGUGAUUGUGCACAUUGUGCACUUAAUUCCCAGGUGGUUGCUGUGGGUUUGCUAGAGGGUUAAUAUGCUAUUUUAAGUGACAGUUUUCCCUGUAGUUGCUAUGAAGUUGUUGGAAUGCUUGCUACACUAUAUGUCCAAAUAUUUGUAGACACCCCUUUCAGUAAAUGUAUUCAGCUACUUUAACUUGCAUAAAUUAUUGACACAUAUUGACACAUUUAUGUAAUUGGACUAUUCAAAUGCUCUCUCAUAUUUAUGACAUACAUUUCUUUUAUCUAAAUUUGCUGCAAUUUAUCAAAUAUAACUGGACUAUUUACGAUUAUAUACGAUUAUGUUCUAUAUAAUAAAAUGUAAAGGUUUGUAAACUAAGAACUAAUAAUAUUCAUGAUAAACUUGUAUCACAAAAUGUAUCACAAAACAAAAAAAUAUUGUCAUAUUGCCCA